UAAAAACGCUCUCUCAGUUCGAUCUGUGUCAGCAGCAUUUAGCGCACUUCUUUUACGUUACACUCACCCGUUUGACCACGAUGAUGUCUGCUCAUGAGGAGUCACCAAAGUGUUAAAUGUUUGAAAUCCAAGGCCGCCGAAAUUCACUUGUAAAGAGAGGAGAAAGAGAUCCGAUGCAUCUUUGCAAAAGACUGUGCCAAGGAAGAGCUCAUAAUCUGGAGUUAGGAGCGCAGUGAAAAGUCCUGUGCAGUCUCUGUUUUCCUGCUAAAAGUAAAGCAUUUUAACAUCAGCAAGCUGGCACACUCUCUCCCGACCCAGCCCGCUUUGACAGCUGCUCUUCACCCGCUCUGGAGGACGGUCAGCAGCAAGAGGAUGGCAUCAGAGCUGGCACUGAGCAGCUCCGACCUGCCCACCAGUCCCCUGGCCAUGGAAUAUGUUAAUGACUUCGAUCUGAUGAAGUUUGAGGUGAAGAAAGAGCCACUGGAGCCCGAUCGCAGCAUCAGCCAGUGCAGCCGCCUGAUCGCCGGGGGCUCCCUGUCUUCCACCCCGAUGAGCACGCCCUGCAGCUCGGUUCCCCCUUCCCCAAGCUUCUCGGCGCCCAGCCCUGGCUCCGGGAGCGAGCAGAAGGCGCACCUAGAUGAUUUCUACUGGAUGACUGGUUAUCAGCAGCAGCUCAACCCGGAGGCGUUGGGUUUCAGUCCAGAGGACGCGGUUGAAGCGCUGAUCAACAGCACACAUCAGCUCCAGAGCUUCGACAGCUAUGCUAGAGGCCAGCAAUUCAGUAGCGCAGCCGGGACGGGAGGCGCCAUGGCCGGAGAGGAGAUGGGAUCCGCCGCCGCGGUGGUGUCCGCAGUCAUUGCCGCCGCUGCAGCGCAGAACGGGGCACCUCACCACCACCACCACCAUCAUCACCACAGCCACCACCAGCAGCACCAAACUCCCGGGGUCCAGUCCAGCAACAACUCCUCUGCCGCCUACCACCAGCACUCCCACCUGGAUGACCGCUUCUCGGACGAGCAACUCGUUACCAUGUCCGUGCGGGAGCUCAACCGGCAGCUGCGCGGCGUAGGCAAAGAGGAGAUGAUCCGACUCAAACAGAAGAGGAGAACCCUCAAAAACAGAGGCUAUGCCCAGUCGUGUCGCUACAAGAGGGUCCAACAGAAGCACGUAUUGGAGGGCGAGAAGACCCAGCUCAUGCAGCAGGUGGACCACCUCAAACAAGAGAUCUCCAGACUGGUGCGUGAGAGAGACGCGUACAAAGAGAAGUACGAGAAGCUCGUGAGCAGCGGCUUCCGAGAAAACUCGUCGAGCAGCGACAACAACCCCUCAUCCCCGGAGUAUUUCAUGUCUUCAAGAAAGUUCCUUCAUCUGUGACAGUUCUCUGAGCCUGACCUUGAUAAGUGAGGAAUCCUAAAGUGAACUGAGUACUAAACAUUGA